AUGGAAUAUAGUGUGGCAAAAGAUGCAAUAUUUUGUUUGAAUUGUUAUCUUUUCAAACCCGAUUAUGGUGACCAAGCAAGUGAUGAAGUUUUUGUGAAUAAGGGAUAUAAUAACUGGAAAGAUAAAGCAAAAGUGAAAAAACAUGUUGGUGAUCAUUCUAGUACUCAUAACCAAUGUCAUGCCAAGUGUGUUGAUUUGAUGAACCAAAGGCAACACAUUGAUGUAAAUCUUGCUUGCGUGUCGAAAAAGGGCAAAUUGGAUUAUCGCAUUCGCUUGAAUGCAUCAAUUGAUUGCAUUAGAUUUCUUUUACAUCAGGGAUUAGCAUUUUGUGGUCAUGACGAGUCGGUUGAAUAUGAAAAUCAAGUGAAAGAACAAAUGGCUAUUGUUUUUCGCUAUGUGGACAAAAUGGGUUGUGAUAUUGAAUGUUUUAUUGGGAUUGUGCAUGUUAAGAAUACUUCUGCAAAGUCUUUAAAAACUGCAAUAGAUGCCUUUUUUGUGAAGUGUGGAUUGAGUUUGACAAGUUUACGGGGCCAAGGUUAUGAUGGAGCAAGCAAUAUGAGGGGUGAGUUCAAUGGUUUGAAGACUUUAAUAUUGAGAGAAAAUAAAUUUGCUUUCUACACUCAUUGUUUCUCUCAUCAACUCCAAUUGGCGCUAGUCAAAGUUGUAAGUAAACAUUCAGCAUUGGGUGAAUUUUUUCAAACUCUUUCUAUGUUAUCAAACACUGUGGCAGCAUCUUGCAAGCGCAGAGAUCUUCUACGUGACAAUCAGUAUGAAUAUGUGAUAUCUUUGAUUUCUAAUGGUGAUAUUCAGACGGGACGCGGUUUGAAUCAAGAAUGCACUAUUAAACGACCAGGAGAUACACGUUGGGGUUCACACAUAGGGACAAUUCAUAGUGUCAUAAACUUAUUUUCUUCUGUUGUUGGUGUGCUCAGAGUGAUUGAGAUUGAAGGAGAUGAUUGGCAAAACAAAAGUCAAGCAAGGAGUUUAUUACGAAUCAUGGAGAAUUUUGAAUUCGUCUUUUUGUUAUUCUUGAUGAAGAAAGUAUUGGGAAUCACAUAUGAACUGUCACAAGCUUUACAAAGAAAAGAUCAAGAUCUCCUUAAUGCCAUGCAGUUUGUACAAAUUUCGAAGCGUCAGUUGCAUAAAUUGAGAAAUGAAGACACUUGCUUUGACAUAUUUUUGAAAAAAGCUUAUGAUAUGUGUAAAGAUAAUGACAUACCAAUCCCGGAGAACAUGGAAGAUAAUUUUGGGAGGACAAACUGA